AUGUUCUCUUCUUCGACUGCUACCAGGACUGGCAGGAAGUACUACUCGUAUGUGAUGCAACAUGCACUGGACUAUGUCAAGACACUCAUAGAAGAGCGAAGAAAUGACGUUGCGUCACCACAGAGACCGCAAACCAAUUGGGAACGCGUCCAGAACUUUCCCUCAGGAGUCAAGGCGCUGCUCAGAGAUUGCUUCCAUUACAAUGCCAUUCAUAAUACCCCUCUGGAACAGUGGACCAUUGCAUAUCCCCAUGUAGACGCUCCUAGUACGGCUGGAACUGCCACUACUACCAUCCAGUUGGGGCGCAUUCCAAGGCGACAGUACGAGCAGCAACGACUGCUACGGGAUGACUUUCGCACCAUGCUACCUUUAGUGAUUAUGUGGAUUCCACCCAUUAUUGGAUUCCUUCCCGUCAUCUUGGCCAUUGUGACCCCACGUCAACUCAUGUCCCGUCACUUUCACAAUCCCUACGAAUUAGAAUGGUUUGCGCAAAUUGAAUACGGACAACGCCAACAAGUCUACAAUCAGGUAGCCGAUAUGCUCUGGAGCUCGUUUCUGCACUCGGAGAGUCGACACGUGCAGAAAGCCAUGACACAGAGCAUGUCCAUUGCGUCGAGCCAUGAUGAUUCCUCUACAGCAGCAGCAGAAGAUGCCGCUGGACCCAUUUUGGAUGCCGUGACGCUAUACAGAACCAUCUUCGCUGCAGGAGGAGAGCAAAAACCCCACCUGUCCAUCAAGGACUUGCCAAGAGAGCACUUGGUAAAGCUGUCCUUGGCCAUGGGUAUCAACCAGUACCUACCGGGUUGGCUCAGUUCUUGGGUAGCGGAAUUUCAACCCAGUGCAUGGCUCCAAAGUCAAGUGGACCGCAUUUCCCGCGUCGUGUGCAAAGAUGACGACAUGCUCAUUGAAGAAGGGCAUCAUCUCAACGGAUGUAGCAGUUUGACGGAUCAAGAGGCGACGGAUGCUUGUCUGAUGCGUGGGUUGCCUGUUGGACAAAACGCCACAACCGAAGAGCGUCGACAAUGUCUCACCAACCAUUUACGCAUGAUUGCUGAGGUACGAAGAGAGCCGGCCACGAAGGUCGAGAGUGACAGCUUCCGCCUCUUCACGGUGCAUUUGGCACCGAUUCGGAAUUCUCUCAAGAGCGCGAAGAAGCUGUAG